GAUUUGCUUCCCGAGCCUUCAACAGAACACUUCACCUUUGACGAGAGACUGGAUUCGGCCGCGACCGUCACCGGGAAGGGCAAGUCCAACCAGAAGGCAAAAACGUUAGCUGACAACGUGAACCAGUCCUUGCAAGAGCUCAACAAGCACUACAAAGAUCUGACAGGACUCCAGGCCUCAGUCGCCACUGAAAGCAAGGAGUCAGAGCUUCAGAGGCAUAAGAAAGAGGCGCUGAAACUCUUUGUCGAGUGCACCAAGACGGAUCUUUCACUCAACAACUGGGUCAUGAUGUUGAAUGUGCUGAUGUGUCCUCCGAUGGACGAGGAAUCCGGCGAGUCAUCCAGCGAUGAUUUGGUGGACGAGCUCCUCAUGGGAUUGGCUUCUGGUGUUCAUGACCCGAUGCUCAGACGUCUGGCAAAAUGUGCCCGAGCCAAAGAUGAGGCAAACGUGUGCCGCAACCUACACCGACUGCUAAAGCACAAAGAUUUUACGCUACAAGUUCGGAUCAGCUAUGCCAACAUUGAUAUCAAGCAUGCCACGAAGCGCCGGCAUCUAGACAAAGUUCCCUGGCCUGUAAUUCGGCUGUCGGAAUGGGUUCGCUUUGUGAUGGAAACACAGGGAGGUCAGCUUUUGCUUGCUGGCCACACACUCACUCAGAGCCACCUUGGGGAGCCUAUUUUGGAAGACUUCUGGAACAAGUAUGAACGCGUAGACGCUGGGCAUAUUGUGUUCAGUCUUGGCUUAAAUCGCAGACGAACCUUGCCUUUCAUGCUCCACGGCGACGAAGGCCGUGGCCGGAUGAAGCAACCUUUGUUGAUAGUGGCUUACCAGGGUAUAUUGUCCCAUCUGGGUGUGGGUCGUUUGAACCAAAGCGGGCGACUUUGUCCAAUUGGAUAA